UUCGAAACGCUUUGGACUUCAGUGUCGGAGUAACUGGUCCAAGUGCUUGUCGUUGAUAAAAGUUUUGCGACCAAAAAACCAGGGGAAAAUAACCAAAAAAAAAGCAAUAAGGAAUGUAAUCUCUUAAAUAUCGAUGAAGAAUCAAUUUUCGAGCACUGUGAAAAGUGUGCAAGUGAUUGUAUUUCAGAGAACGUAAGACUACUGUGUGAGAGGGCACUUCUGGUCAGAAGAGGCCGCAGACUGAGUGUAGGGUGCCUGUAAUCGAUGGGUUGAGAACGCGAAAGUGUCUUUCUUUUUGGAAACCAAGGUGUAUAGCUUACCGAUGAGCCAUGCUAAAGGUCGUAGGCGCCUCGUGGCUGCAGACCCGCAUCUCCACCUAUCUUCUCAUUGGCGUUGCCAUUUUGGGCAUCGGUGCCAUUAUUUUCGGCGAAUUUGGACAUGUUGAACACGAUGGAACGUACGCGGCUACUGCUUUUUGGAGACAGAACGUUCACCAAUUUGAAUUCUGGGGACAAGGGAAUGAUUUAUCAACAAUACCAAUGGGUGCUGCUAGGGCUUAUUACAAAUCUGCAAUACCGGAAAACGGGUGGUCCAUUUUGGAAAUAGAAACAUCGAAAGAUUAUCCAGACGAAGUUCAAGCUUAUGCAGCAGGUUGUUUAGAGGGAAGCUUAACGUGGCAAUUAAUCUAUCAACAUUGGUUUAAUACUGUGCGAGCGGCUUGCGCACCAAGAUCUGCGCUUUGUAUGAAAAUGCGCAAAUAUCUGCGCGAAAACAGCGAAAAAGCGGUUGAAAAUGCUCAACUUUUAAAAGAUGAAGAUCCAUAUUGGCAUCUGGUAAAUUUAUUCUAUCGCCAAUUGAAAGGCUUGGAAGUUGGUUUUAAAUUGGCUGUUAAUAAAAUUCAUCAAUCAGUGGAAAUAGUGUCAGAGGAUUUUCUCUGGAUGGCAAUGGCUUCUGAUUUACCGGAUUUAGAGAGGGCUCAUAAUGGAUCUGAAAAUUUAUCUGGUUCACAUGGAAUGAUUUUUUUGAAAGCAUUGCAACGCGAACAUUUUGAGCCACUCAUUGCAUUGGUACACAAUACUGGCGCACCUUAUACAAAAAUGCUGAGGCUAAUCAAACGAUAUAAAUUCGCUUAUCACGUGUCAUCAAAAAAAGGUGCGGAAUUAGUCCCAGGACGUUCGGUCGUAAUGACAUCUUAUCCGGGUGCACUGUCAUCGCAAGACGAAAGUUAUUUUGUCAGUGGAAAGGAGAGGGAAUUAAUAGUAGCUGGAACGCCAUUAACAAUUAGCAAUCAUAAAUUAUGGAAUCGUCUUAGUACAAAAGAACACGUUAUGUCACCAGCAACAAUAAUGGCAGCUAAUUUUCUCUCAACAAACAGUGACAAUUGGUCAAAUAUCAUGACACUAAAAAACAGUGGUACAGCUAAUCGUCAAUGGGUAAUAUUUGAGCCAGAAAAAAAUAAUGUCAGAUUAUUUGAACAAAUUCCCGGUAUCACUGAAUCAAUUGACUAUACAAAAAAAUUUAUGGAAACAGGAUUUUUAGUUUGCACUGGUGUACCAAUAAUACAAGAGAUAAAAGAUUAUGCAAAUUUUCAAUUAGAAGAAGCCGUUUUACGUGCCGCUGAGGUGGAGAAAUUUGAAAAAAAUAUGACAACUGUUGAAGAUGUGAGAAGUUUCAUGCGAGGAUGUAGACACGAGGUUGAUUUAAUUACAAACGAAAACGAAGAUUUAAAAUGUAACUGGAAUCUCGAGCAGCAACAAUUAAUUUCAUAUAGAGGCGAUCUUGAUACACCAUCGAGACCAGUGGGUGUAAUUGAUUCAAAAAUUUUCUUAUCCGAUUUCGAUGGUCUUGAUGCAUUCGAAGCGACAUCAGGACCCGCCUUUCUAAAUUCUAAUCAGGCCUUUAAUUGGUCUAAUUCAUUUCCAAAUAUUUCUCACGUUGGACAACCAAAUAUUUUUAAAUUCGAUAGUGUCUCCCCAAAAUGGGUUUGGAUCUGAACUUUUAUCAAUUUUUAAUUUAUAAUUAUACAAUUUUAAAAAAAGGUCCAAACAAUUUUACAAAACAACUUUCAAAAUUAAACCGUCAAGUGUUUUAUUUCAAUUAAUAAUUGAAAAAUUAUAGUGACACUGAAUUCGUUUUGGAAUUCUUAGUAAAAAAAAAUUGGCGAGUUUAAAAUGUUUUUUACAAUUUUUUUUAUCUUUCAUGUCUCAUGUGCAAUAAGUGAAAUUUUAUAUUUUUAAAUACAGAAAUCAAAUUUUAAAAUGGGACCAAAUUUUAUGACACAAAGUUAACGAGAUAGUUAAAAUGAUCUUUUAAUAUUUUUUUUAUGAAUCUCGAUAUUUGAGGUUAAGAAUGUAUUUUAGCAUUUGUUGUUUCAAUUUAUAAUAUAAAUUGAAUUCCAGUUUUUUUAAACUUCGUUCUUGUCAAAUUAGAUUUUCAAAAUGUUUUAGAUACUCUUUUAAAUGUAGUUUUCAAACUUCAUUUUAGAUGCAGAUAUUAUUACUUUUAUUGUAAGCUGGCUCAUAUGUUAGCCACCUGUGGUAAAAUUUUAUACAAAAAAAAAAUAAAAAUAAAUUGUUUAUGAAA